CGCCAGAGCCGCGGCCGAGGUGGUGGCAGCAGCUCCCACGCUCCACCCAGCCUCUGUCUCGCCUUCUAUAUAGUGUCCCUUUCGCCCGUGCUACACUGUGAUGUUUAAUACCGAAAUAGUAAAAACGGAUAAUUCUUAGUGACGAUGUUCAGUUUUGCGAACAAAAUGCUGAAUGCCCUCGUGGGGAAUGAAGAACCCACGUCCGGCACAGCAGGGGGCACCAGUGUGCCGGGGGCGCCGCGCCCCCAAGGCCCUGGACUCCUUCGGAUGACUGGUCCUGGAGGCCCUCGUGCUCCAGUGCCCGGCAUGACAGGAUCCAGACCUCCUGGACCUGGAGGAAGUAUGGGACCUGGUGGACCAGGAGCUCCAGGUGGACCUGGCGGACCAAUGGGGCCUGGUGGUCCAAUGGGUCCAGGCGGACCAAUGGGUCCUGGCGGACCAAUGGGUCCUGGAAGUGUGAGAGGACCUAGUGUUUCAAUGGGUCCUGGUGGUUCAAUGGGUCCUGGUGGUUCAAUGGGUCCUGGUGGCACUAUGGGUCCUGGUGGUACUAUGGGUCCUGGUGGCACUAUGGGUCCUGGUGGCACUAUGGGUCCUGGUGGCACGAUGGGUCCUGGUGGCACUAUGGGUCCUGGUGGCACUAUGGGUCCUGGUGGCUCUAUGGGCCCUGGUGGCACUAUGGGUCCUGGUGGCUCUAUGGGCCCUGGUGGCACUAUGGGUCAUGGUGGCUCUAUGGGCCCCGGUGGCACUAUGGGUCAUGGUGGCUCUAUGGGUCCUGGUGGGGCAACAAUGCCUGGCGGACCAGGUGGACCAAUUGGUCCUGGAGGUCCCAUGGGUGUUAAUGGUCUUGGGGGACCUGGCAUUAACCGUCCACCAGGACCAGGCAUGGGUCCCAGACCUCCAGGGAUGGGGGGACCAAUGGGCCCCAGGCCCGGCAUGCGCCCAGGCCCCAGAGGGAUGCCUCCUGGUAUGGGCCCUGGUGGUCCUCGGGGUAUGCCGCCAGGCAUGGGCCCCCGUCCAGGAAUGGGUCCUCUCGGACCACGUGGGUUACCAAUAAAUGGGAUGGGCGGGCCCCGCGGCCCUAGACCUGGAAUGAUGGGUCCCGUUGGAAGUCGAGGAGCAGCGCCUGGCCCAGGGAUAAUGGGAGCAAGUGGUCCUGGAGGACCACCUACCCCAGCAAAUAUGGGCGCCGAGCUCCAGCGACCCCCCUUCUCAGAGGCUCCCGGGAAAGGUGGCCCAGGUAUGAUCCUCCCCAACCAGGGGCUCCAGCCCCCUGGACCACUAAGUACACAUGAUUCUAUGCAAGAUAAUCAAAAUAAAAGAUUUAGUGGGCAAGAUUUGUUAAAUCAAGCCAGGGGAAACCAGGAUAAGAAGCCGGGGAUAUUCAGGCAAGGGUCAUUAGGGCAAGACCCACAUGGCCAUCACACUAGUCAGAGUUCCAAUACUUCAUGUGUAGGUGGUGCGGGUCCCCUGGGCACCCUGGGUCCACAAGUCGGACAGUCCCAGGCGUGGCCUCCCACACAGGGCCCGAUGGUUCCAACCUCUCAAGGCAUCACAGUGCCAGCCACACAACCUUCUGGUGGCCAGUCGCAAACAAGUGCUCCUCCUGACGUUGACCUGAGCCAGCUGAGCGAGGAGGAGCGGGCCAUCAUCGAGAGUGUCAUGGAGAAAGCCAAAGAGAUGGAGAGCCAUGACACCCCGACCAGACGAAGCUUAGGCAUCAACUCUAUCAUGUUCACUAACGCUUAUGCGAGAGGGGAUCCACAACAGCUUUACCCUGAUAUCCCCGUGAACAAGACACAUACUCGUAUGCUUGUGGAUGGCUUCAGAGGCAAGCGGGUGGCAAUCUGA